UAUAAUUAUUUCCAUGGUCAUCAUUCGGAUUCAUCAACUACUGUUCUUUUGAGCCACAGUGUCGCAAUAAUUUGUACAAUUGUGAAACAAAUGGAAAUGAAAUUCGUUCAAAUCACUGUAACAUUAUCGUUUUUAAUAUCGAGUUACGGGGCUACAAAAAGAACUUGGUGGAAGCACGAUCUCACAUAUGGUAUCUUCCUGAAAUCGUUCAUGGAUAGUAAUGGAGAUGGAAUUGGAGAUUUCAAAGGACUGAUUUCCAAACUGGAUUACAUCGUCCAUAUUGGAAUAAAAACUAUCUGGUUGACGCCAUUCUACUCUUCACCACAGGCUGAUGGAGGCUAUGAUAUAUCUGAUUUUUAUGGGAUCGAUCCUAUUUAUGGUACAAUGGAAGAUUUUGAGGAAUUUAUGAAAGAAAUGAAAAAACGAGAUCUCAACCUCGUCAUGGAUUUAGUAAUUAAUCACAGUAGUGACGAGCACGAAUGGUUCGAAAAAUCUGUAAAUAGAAUUGAGCCAUAUACCAACUACUAUGUAUGGGUUGAUCCAAAACGGUACGAUAGAAAUGGAAAUCCUAUACCACCAAAUAAUUGGAGCAGUGUAUUCAACCUCGAAACACCCAGCUCAGCUUGGACUUGGAAUGAAAAAAGGAAGCAAUUUUACCUGCAUCAGUUUCACGCGAAACAGCCAGAUUUCAAUUUACGUAACGAACAACUGAAAACUGAACUAAAAAAUAUGAUUAAAUUUUGGCUGGACAAAGGUGUUGCUGCUUUUCGAUUAGAUGCUACAGAAUUCCUCAUGGAAGAUCCCUUACUUCGAGAUGAUAUUGACGCAGAAUCGAUCACAAAAGUAAUACAAGGAGAGGAAGAAACAGAAACUCCUCGACUUCAUCAUGCGGAUACUUUCAAAUUCUUGCAUGAAUUACGCAUGUUUUUCAGACAGUACGAUCAUGAAAAUAAGAAACAACGUGAAACGGCUGGAUUUAGUGAAGUUUACGCUACGAUAAAUACCAAAAUGAGAUACUACGGAACGAAGAGUGCCCCAGUGAUGCAUUACCCAUAUAAUUAUCUACUAACAAUGCUCAGAAAGUAUUUAGAUGCCGAACAGAUGAUGCAAUUUUUGAACUAAUGGAUUGAAAAAUUACCCAAAGGAGCGACCUCGAAUUGGGCGUUGGGAAACCACGAUAUCGGACGGAUUUUCUACUAUUUCAAUAAGGAAUAUAAUUCAAUCUUAUUGACUAUCGUUACCAUGUUACCUGGAGCUGCUUUAAUUUGGUACGGAGAAGAGACCAGUCAAGAACUGUUCGAUUUUUCACCACACCCUGACAAGAAUCUGUUGUUUGAAAGAGAUCAUUUUCGUUUACCUAUGCAAUGGGACGAUUCCUUGAAUGCGGGUUUCACUUCUGGAGACAAACCAUGGGUACCAGUACAUCCCAGUUAUUAUAGGUCGAAUGUGAAAGAACAAUUAGCCAAUACAAACAGUACACUGUACUAUUUCAAAGAUCUAGUUUCUCUUCGAAAAACUGACACACUAAAAUUUGCCGAUUUGAAAAUGUACGCGAUUUCUAAAUGGGUACUGGCUGUUACACGAACUUUUCGUCAAUCAAAAUACGUUAUUGUAUUAAAUCUGGGUACCGAGCCUCAUCCUGCUAAUUUACAUGCUGAAAUCGCUAAUUUACCAACAAAUCUGGAGGUGGUAGCAGCAAGUUCGAAUUCUGGAUACAGUAAAGG